AUGGAAGGCGUCAAGGUACAAUUCCUUUUAAACUUGAGCUUCUUGUUGAUUUCGUUCACAAACGGAGACAUUCGAAUGAUAACACCAAACUUCAAAGCGGUUAACUUCGCCAGAGAAAUAAGAGGAAGACGCCUCAAUGGAAGUGUUAUUAGAGAAAUAGAAGUGGAUUCAGAGGGUUCUUGUCGACUGCAAUGUGUGGAAGAAGAAUCAUGUUGGACUGUUUUUCAGAGACGUUUGGAUGGCUCCGUUGACUUCUAUCUUGGAUGGGAAUCCUACAAAAGAGGGUUUGGAAAUCUGAGCGGCGAGUUCUGGCUCGGAAACGACAAUCUUCAUCGUUUAACAGCCGUUGAUGAUGUCAUCUUGAGAGUUGACUUGGAAGACUUUGAUGGGAACGUAACCUACGCUGCGUACACGACUUUUAAGGUAGCGAACGAGGCGGACAAGUACCAGCUUUUAAUUGAAGGAUACAAGGGCACGGCUGGUGACUCUAUGACAUUUCAAAGAGACAUGAAUUUUACAACGAAGGAUGAAGACAAUGAUGUUCAUGAUCAAUGGAACUGUGCCAUCGAAUACAAAGGAGCUUGGUGGUACAAAGGUUGUCACAGUUCUAAUCUGAAUGGAUUGUACCAUAAUGGCCCACAUAAUUCCUUUGCUGACGGAGUCAACUGGUUCGACUUUCGAGGCUAUCGUUACUCAUUAAAACGCACCGAGAUGAAAAUUAAGGCUCGAAUAUAAUUCGCUGCAAUAGAGGUUCAGUUUUUAACCAAAACUACAUUCUCUCAGUACUAGAGUCAGACACUUUGCCCGAUAAAAGAUUACAUAAAUAAAUAGAUAAGGAACAGUUUCACUCUAAGUAAUGCUUCUAGCCACACUUUUUAGAUCCACUCGAUGGUGGCUUGAGUUUGCCUUCCUUCUAGACGUAAACUACUGUAGCGAGAAACCGAACUGAUUUUUGGAUUGAAAUGCAGAUAGGUUUGCCGUGAAGGUUGUAAUAUUGCACGAUCGAGGUUUACAAGCCUUGAAUAAAUUCUCUACUAUCGAUGUCUGCACAUAUGAUUAGCAUCGGUUCAAAAUCUUAUCAGUUGCACAAGACCUAGUGAGUUAUGUUAAUAAUUGCAAUUUUUCUGCGACCAUGUUUUAGCCGCCUGAUAAACUGAACAGAAGAUGUUCUAGCCUUGUACUUGGAAUUGUGUUUUCAUUUUAAAUAUCUUCGGAAUUAUAAUUCAAUUUAGGUUUCAUGGUAGGAGCUUCACUAUGAAUAGUCUCAGGAGGAAGAUUAGUCUCAGAAGGAGGCGGCGUGGCCGAGU